AUUUUAAUUUUGUCGUACUCAAAGGAGUCGUUUAAGGGUUAAUAACGAUGGGAGUGCCAAAGUUUUAUAGGUGGGUUAGUGAACGAUAUCCAUGUCUGAGUCAAGUUAUUCAAGAACAUCAGGUGAGAUUGAAGCUGAUAAGGUAGCUGAGUAAGAUCAAGUUUUUGUAUGAAAAAUCUACUCAGAUCGAGCUUGUGUUUCCUUAGCUUAUAUUGUGUAACUUGGUUUAAUUUUUUCAGAUUCCUGAUUUUGACAAUCUUUACCUGGACAUGAACGGCAUCAUUCACCCAUGUUCUCACCCAAAUGACGAUGAUCCUCAUUUUAGAAAAAGCGAAGAGGAUAUUUUUGCUGAUAUUUUUCAUUACAUAGAAGUAAGCUUAGAUACGUGCUCCCCUUCUGUUGUCUAUAUUAUUUACUAGCAUCUAAGAGGAAAUAUCUUUUUCAUCCCUUUAUAUUAAGUUUUAUGUUAUGUAAUUGCUACCAUUUAAUAUUUGCAUGCCUCUAGUGUACUUUAUAAAAUAACUAAGAUAGUACGCGUGUUCUGAUUGGUUAAAAAACAAUGGUUUAUUGUGCCGGUAGACUCAUAAAGAACUUCAAAUUAUUUUAUAAAAGCAAUAGACCACACUUUCCAUGGGUUUACCGGCGCGAUAACCCACUUAGGAUGUUGGGAGAACACUCUAAACGCUUGUAAAUCACUUGCCUUCAGCUCUUGAUUUACAAGCUUUUCUCGUGUUCUCCCAACAUCCUGCCUGGGUUAUCAUGCCGAUAAACCCAUAGAAAGCGUGGUCUAUUGCUUAAGUUACCUCAUAUAACUUACUCAUGUCUCAUUGGUAUAUGGGUAUGGUUGUUUAUUAAGUGUUCGUGAAGUUCUAUGCACAAUUAUAAAAUAAAGUAUUAAAUUCAAAAUGAUUCCAUCAAAACUUAAAUUACAAUUCAAUUUGCUGUAGAUAGACCUUUGGCUCCAGAUUUAAAAUAAUUACUAUUUAAGAAAAGUUUGGGGCUUACUGUACUUUACUUUUCCAAACUGAUCGAAAAGAUCUUUUGUACUCAAUUUAGUGCCUAGAACACUGGAAACUGCACUUUAGGGCAUUGAAAUUUUCUAGGGAAGCACGCCCCUCAGACCCCUCUAGAACAACCUUGGGGACUAAAAGCCUUUUCUUGAUACAGUCUGUUACUUUUUUCAAACCUGCUUACUACCUCAAUUUUUAUUGAAACCCCCUGGAGGGAUGUGCAGACAAUCUCAUGUUAAAUGCUACUUUUUUAUAUGCAAACAACUGCCAAUUGGAAAGGAAAUUGUGUAUAUUGGUGAAGUAAAUUGUAAGAGGUUGCUCAUGGUUAUUUUUCAGACACUUUUUCAUUUCAUUUGACACAGUGUGACUGCGCAAUGCAGUCCUUAUGAUUGUUAGUCAACAAUAUUGACCAGCUGAUCAGUAGAGUUGCCAAUUGCUCAAUAGUCAGAGCAUCUGACUUGUGUUUGGACUCUGGAAGGUCUUGGGUUCAAUCCCAUUGUGGAACCCUUAUUUUCUGAGUUCUUCUCUCUGCACAUAAUUAUCAUUGCACUUACAACUCUUUUAUUUUUUCUUUCAUGUAUUAAUUUUGUUCUCCUGCUUUUGCUUUAUAUUCUUUCCACAUAAGGUGCUGUUCCGUAUUAUUAAACCCAAGAAAGUGUUUUUUAUGGCUGUCGAUGGUGUAGCUCCUCGUGCAAAAAUGAAUCAACAAAGAGGGAGACGUUUUCGGUAAUUUGUUGUAGUAAUAUUGUUUUCUUCCUUUGUUAUUAUCCAGAUACCAAUACAAGAAGAUAAACUAAAUGUUGUGUAUUGUUGAUGUAGUAUUUUGUUAUGAUUAAAGCCAAUAUGUUGUGAUGCUGUUACCAGUGUUGUGGAUAUGACAUUAUAUUCUGGAAGUUGUCAAACGUUUUGUACUGCUUGUGUUUGUUUUUCUUUCAAGGUCUGCUAAAGAAGCAGAAGAUAACAUUCGCAAAGCUUUGGCGAAAGGACAGGUUCUCCCAGAAGAGGAGAGAUUUGAUUCCAAUUGUAUUACUCCGGGUAUGGACAUGUACAUGUACAUCAUUGUGUCACUGUAUUUAGCCUGUGUGUGUAUAUGUUUGACAGGAGAACUACUUUUUUCCCAUAAUAUUUUCUGGCAGUACAUGGCAAACAGGCGUUUGACCUUGUAAUGAAACGGUUAAUUUGUGACACAAAUGACUGAAAUGUAUUUAGCCUGUGUGUGUAUAUGUUUGACAGGAGAACUACUUUUUUCCCAUAAUAUUUUCUGGCAGUACAUGGCAAACAGGCGUUUGACCUUGUAAUGAAACGGUUAAUUUGUGACACAAAUGACUGAAACCACAACUGUUAUGGUAAUCAGCAGUUAUAAUUUGCUGCUUGUGUUUGUGAAGUGAGGCAAAGUUUUAUUUUUAUUUCCUGUUAGGUACUCCAUUCAUGGUGAGACUUCAUGAGCAGUUAAAAUUUUUUGUUAACUACAAGAUCUCCACUGACCCUUCUUGGCAAGGAUUAAGAAUCUACCUGUCUGGACAUGAGGUAUGUGUAGUCAUGAUGAAUUAUUGCAUAAGCAGGAUAUUGAAUUCAUUACAGAUUCCAUAGCUUUCAACAAGUCCUAACAUCCACAGGUGCUAAACAUUCUGUUGUGAACCACCUCUCAGUCACUUUGCCCUGGUUAUCAACUGAAUACUUAUUAGAAUAAUCUGAAAUCGCCACCUACAUGUACUGUACUUUGAGUGUGUGUGUUGAUUUGAAACAGAUACACCUGUAAUAGUCCUAACAGGUAACAGUUGGUAGUCUGCAAAAAUUGACUAUCAACAUCCUAGACCUCCUUAAAACAUCACUGUUUAAUCCAACCUAAAAUUUAUAAAAGAAUCUUGACAAUGAGUAAAGCUGAAGUUCUUGACUGUUUUGAAUAAGCACUUCUUUUUAAUCAAAUAACAGUGUAGAGUUUUCUGUAUGCCUGUUGGUAUUAGGAUUCUAUCUUUAUUUCUAAAUAUUUUCAGACACCAGGUGAAGGAGAGCAUAAGAUUAUGGAGUUUAUCAGAUCAGAAAAAGUGAAAGUUGACUAUGAUCCCAAUACCAGACACUGUUUGUAUGGAUUAGAUGCUGACCUGGUAAGUCAUCAACUGAUCGUGAUUAUGACAACAUCAAUUCAUAUCCAAAAGUCAUAGUCAUGCAUCGUCAAGUACAAGUAUCCAAUGUUCUGACCUCUUUGAGACAAAAACAGAGAAGAAACCAGUCUGUGACCAAAAAAAAUAAAAAAUAACUGGUGUUUGCAACUGUCAAUUACUCCAUUAUCAACACAGCACCACAGUUUUUUGGGAAACCAUAUCCUGUUUUCCUUUGUGACAAAAAGAGACUGCCUUUAACUGGAAAAUGAGGGAACUGGAACAGAAAACAGAUCUAGAAUUAAAACUGACUUGCUUGGGUUUUAAGGAAAACACCUUUUUGGGAUGGAACAUGAAUUAUUUUUGUUAGUUUCUUUAUCUCUCUGUAAUUUCCCUUAGGAAAUUAGACAAGAGAUUGGUUUGCUUGAAACUCAUUAAUUUUGUGAAAAUUAUUUUUGUUAACUUUUCCUAUUUGGCGUCAUUUAUUAAUUUUCACUGUUCUGGAAAAAAGUAACAUGAUAUUAAUCAAAUGUUACAGGUACCUCAGCAAUUGCCUGAAAAUCAUAACAGAUGUUCAACCAUUAUGUAUUCCCCAAGUGCCAUUUUCUAAGAGCAUGUUUUGAUGCCGGGAUAAGUGUUGGUUUACAUGUAACUAAAAAGAUACUUUCUUAACAACACUCAAUAUUACAAUGUACUUUUUGUUUUUGCUUUGUAGAUUAUGCUUGGACUAUCAACACAUGAACCCCACUUUUCCCUGCUUCGUGAGGAAGUGAGAUUUGGAAAAGCAGCAAAAAGGUUAAUUUGUGCAGAGAAGAAAGUUAUUCAAACACUCAUUCCAGAGCAAAUUGGAAUUUAAACAUGUUGGUUUUUAAGAUGACAAAGUAGAGCACUAGGAGAAAAACCUCUUGCAUCAAGGAAAAGAACAAAUAACAAACAACUCAUAGAUGGCGCUAACCUGCCAAUACAGUUUUCUUUUCUUGUUCCUUGCUGCCAGGGACGUUUCGUUGGAUAGACGUCUGUGAUUUGGCCCCCAAAAUUCCACGCUGAUGACGUAAAUUUGUCUGGACUCUUGUCAGCAAGAGCUCAUUGGUUGACAUAUAUAUACUACGACUUAUUUGAUUCUUUUAGCUAUUAAAGAAUGAACUCAAACAAAUCUUGAACCCCAUGAUUACCAGAUUACUAUUAUGCAAACAUUGAUAUACAUAACCAGUAUGAAUUUUUUUGCGCACAAUCCUCCUUGAAAUGUCCCUAGCGGUGAGGAGUGAGGAAAGAGCAGGCCAGUAAUAUGGCAUCAAACUUGGAUUUGAACCCAGACCACAUUGUUAGGAGGUGACUGCUCUCAUCGCUAUGGCACUGUCCCUGCUCCUCAGAGGGAAAGUUUGUUAAGUCUUUACUUCCCAUAAUUAUUAUUGUUGUGUUUGUAUCAAUCACUUACAGAGUAACAAAACCUGAAAAGACUACAUUUCAUCUUCUUCACUUGUCACUGUUCAGAGAAUACAUAGACUGGGAAUUCAGUGAAUUAAAGGUACUCAUUAAAAACUCCAGGCCAGCUCUACAUCAAGUAUAUCAGAUUCUCUAUAGAAAUCAUACAUGUGGCACUUAUUUAUGUGUAUGCGUGCUCUACACUCAGUCAGUUUUGUCCUUGUCCAUUGGUAGGUUUUAAAACACCCCAUCACCAUAGAAGUAAUUGUCCCUUUAAAUUGUUGCAGUUUGCACCAGUUCUCAGUUUAUAGCCUUAUAAAGUGGAUUGUAGAAACACAAAAGGCAAUCUGAAAAGGGGGCUGGGGCAAGAUAGGCCCAGGGCUGUCCCUAAGUGCUGAGGGGGUGGGGGCUAUAAACAACAAAAGGAAAAUGGAACCAAAAUGAUUUCCUAUCUGUUCUUCCAUUCGCUGCUGAGUAAUUGCAUACACCCGGCAACUUGAAAUCUUAGUGACAACCCUGAGGCUCAUUUGGCCUGCAUGGUUAGCCAAUCAGAACACAGGAUUUUCUUCAUCUUACUCCCUUUCAAAGCCAGCCAUAAUUAUUAUAAAUAAUAACUGUAUUGUACUUUUUUUGUAAUGAUAUGAUUGUAUUUAGCCUGUGUGUGUAUAUGUUUGACAGGAGAACUACUUUUUUCCCAUAAUAUUUUCUGGCAGUACAUGGCAAACAGGCGUUUGACCUUGUAAUGAAACGGUUAAUUUGUGACACAAAUGACUGAAAUCACAACUGUUACGGUAAUCAGCAGUUAUAAUUUGCUGCUUGUGUUUGUGAAGUGAGGCAAGGUUUUAUUUUUAUUUCCUGUUAGGUACUCCAUUCAUGGUGAGACUUCAUGAGCAGUUAAAAUUUUUUGUUAACUACAAGAUCUCCACUGACCCUGCUUGGCAAGGAUUAAGAAUCUACCUGUCUGGACAUGAGGUAUGUGUAGUCAUGGUGAAUUUUUGCAUAAGCAGGAUAUUGAAUUCAUUACAGAUUCCAUAGCUUUCAACAAGUCCUAACAUCCACAGGUGCUAAACAUUCUGUUGUGAACCACCUCUCAGUUACUUUGCCCUGGUUAUCAAUUGAAUACUUAUUAGAAUAAUCUGAAAUCGCCACCUACAUUUACUGUACUUUGAGUGUGUGUUUUGAUUUGAAACAGAUACACCUGUAAUAGUCCUAACAGGUAAUAGUUGAUAGUCUGCAAAAAUUGACUAUCAACAUCCUAGACCUCCUUAAAACAUCACUGUUUAAUCCAACUUAAAAUUUAUAAAAGAAUAUUGACAAUGAGUAAAGAAGUUCUUGACUGUUUUGAAUAAGCACUUCUUUUUCAUCAGAUAACAGUGAGAGUUUUCUGUAUGCCUGUUGGCAUUAAGAUUCUAUCUUUAUUUCUAACAUAUUUUCAGACACCAGGUGAAGGAGAGCAUAAGAUUAUGGAGUUUAUCAGAUCAGAAAAAGUGAGAGUUGACUAUGAUCCCAAUACCAGACACUGUUUGUAUGGAUUAGAUGCUGACCUGGUAAGUGAUCAACUUCUGGUGAUUAUGACAACAUCAAUUCAUAUCCAAAAGUCGUAGUCAUGCAUCGUCAAGUACAAGUAUCCAAUGUUCUGACCUCUUUGAGACAAAAACGUAGAAGAAACCAGUCUGUGACCAAAAAAAUAAAUAAAUAAAUAAAAUAACUGGUGUUUGCAACUGUCAAUUACUCCUUUAUCAACACAGCACCACAGUUUUUUGGGAAACCAUAUCCUGUUUUCAUUUGUGACAAAAAGAGACUGCCUUCAACUGGAAAAUGAGGGUACUGGAACAGAAAACAGAUCUAGAAUUAAAACUGACUUGCUUGGGUUUUAAGGAAGACACCUUUUUGGGAUGGAACAUGAAUUCUUUUUGUUAGUUUCUUUAGGUGUACCUCUCUGUAAUUUUCCGUAGGAAGUUAGACAAGAGAUUGGUUUGCUUGAAACUCAUUAAUUUUGUGAAAACUAUUUUUGUUAACUUUUCCUUUUUGGUAUCAGUUAUUAAUUUUGACUGUUCUGGAAAAAAGUAACAGGAUAUUAAUCAUUACAGGUACCUGGGCAAUUGGCUGAAAAUCAUAAUAGAUGUUCAACCAUUAUGUACUCCCCAAGGGCCUUUUUUAAGAGCAUGUUUUGAUGCUGGGAUAAGUGUUGGUUUACAUGUAACUAAAAAGGUACUUUCUUAAGAACACUCAAUAUUACAAUGUACUUUUUGUUUCUGCUUUGUAGAUUAUGCUUGGACUAUCAACACAUGAACCCCACUUUUCCCUGCUUCGUGAAGAAGUGAGAUUUGGAAAAGCAGCAAAAAGGUUAAUUUUGCGGAGAAGAAAGUUAUUCAAACACCCAUUCCAGAGAAAAUUGGAAUUUAACCAUGCUGGUUUUUAAGAUGACAAACUAGAGUACUUGGAGAAAAACCUCUUGCAUCAAGGAAAAGAACCAAUAAGAAACAACUCAUAGAUGGCGCUAGCCUGCAGAUACAGUUUUCUUUUCUUGUUCCUUGCUGCCAGGGACGUUUCAUAAGAGAGAUGUGUACGAUUUGGCCCCCAAAAUUCCAUGCUGAUGAUGUAAAUUUGUCUGGACUCUUGUCAGCAAGAGCUCAUUGGUUGACACAUAUAUACUAGGACUUAUUUGAUUCUUUUAGCUAUUAAAGAAUGAACUCAAACAAAUCUUGAACCCCAUGAUUACCAGAUUACUAUUAUGCAAACAUUGAUAUAUGUGACUUGUAUGAAAUUUUUUGGGCACAAUCUGCCUUGAAAUGUCCCUAACGGUGAGGAGUGAGAUGUCCCUAGCGGUGAGGAGUCAGGAAAGAGAAGGCCAAUAAUAUGGUAUCAAACUUGGAUUUGAACCCAGACCACAUUGUUAGGAGGUGACUGCUCUCAUCACUAUGGCACUGUCCCUGCUCUUCAGAAGGAAAGUUUGUUAAGUUUGUACUUCCCAUAAUUAUUAUUGUUGUGUUUGUAUCAAUUACUUACAGAAUAGCAAAACCUGAAAAGACUACAUUUCAUCUUCUUCACUUGUCACUGUUCAGAGAAUACAUAGACUGGGAAUUCAGUGAAUUAAAGGUACUCAUUAGAAACUCCAGGCCAGCUCUACAUCAAGUAUAUCAGAUUCUCUAUAGAAAUCACACAUGUGGCACUUAUUUAUGUGUAUGCGUGCUCUACACUCAGUCAGUUUUGUCCUUGUCCAUUGGUAGGUUUUAAAACACCCCAUCACCAUAGAAGUAAUUGUCCCUUUAAAUUGUUGCAGUUCGCACCAGUUCUCAGUUUAUAGCCUUAGAAAGUGGAUUGUAGAAACACAAUAGGCAAUCUUAAAAGGGGGCUGGGGCAAGAUAGGCCCAGGGCUGUCCCUAAGAGCUGGGGAAGGGGGGGGGGGGCUAUAAACAACAAAAAGGAAAAUGGAACCAAAAUGACUUCCUGCCUGUUCUUCCAUUCCCUGCUGAGUAAUUGCAUACACCUGGCAACUUGAAAUCUUAGUGGCAGCCCUGAGGCUCAUUUGGCCUGCAUGGUUAGCCAAUCAGAACACAGGAUUUUCUUCAUCUUACUCCCUUUCAAAGCCAGCCAUAAUUAUUAUAAAUAAUAACUGUAUUGUACUUUUUUUGUAAUGAUAUGAUCAGUAAGUCUAUUAAAUAGUAUUGAUGUUAUUUUUUUAACAGAGCAAAUUACCCUUUGCCUAUGAGCUUGAGAGGAUCAUAGAUGAUUGGAUUCUUAUGGGUUUUCUGGUUGGGAAUGAUUUUAUCCCACAUUUGCCAAACCUCCAUAUUAACCAUGUAAGUAAAGAAUAUGAAAAUACCUUUGCAAAAUAAUUGGUAGAUAAUACAAAUAUAACAGUUAAUAGAACUAUAAUUAUGUCACCUUGAUUCAUUCUUUGAUUGGUAAUAAUCUAGCUGUAAUUAGAAUCCAAAAUUUGAAACCCAACACCUAAGUUAUUGUUUGUUUUUGAUUGAUGAAUUAUGCUGUUGUAAUUAGUUUUGUAAUCAAUUUGUUGGUUGUAGUUUUUUUUAAAACUUUUUUCGACACAUUUCAAACCUUAUCACUAGUUUAAGAGAGUUGGUAAUCACCUUUUUGGAGUAAAUUGAUGCGAUACAAAUACAGAUAACAGCCGUAUUUUACCUGCAAUUAGUUCAUAGAAACCUCUUUCACAUGUCAGUAUUUUAUGACCCACCAGGAUGCCUUGCCAUACUUGUACAAAGUUUACAUUGAAGUUAUGCCUUCUCAAGAUGGUAACUAUACAGUAUUCUGUAAUUUGUUUUACAGCAUUAGCUAUACAUGUACAUGUACUAAUUAUGACUGGUAGUUCAUUUUUAUCAAUUGUGAAAGUCUUAAAAUGGAAGAACAUUGCAAUGAAAAACUGUAGUUUUCAAAAGUGCGCUGUUGCAAAUUUAAUGCUAUGACCACCUCAUUGAGAAUUAGUCAGGCAUGAAAUUUUGUGUGCAUUCUUUUUUUUUUCGUUUACCUCCUUGUUUAGCAAAGUGAUAAAGUCGGCACUGAUUUUAAAUAACAAUUUUAUCUCAAAUUGUUUCAAAGGUUAUCUUCAUGACGGUGGAAGACUCAUAUUAACCAGAUUUGAGAAGUACCUGGUUGCUUUAUCUAAGGUAGAGUUUUCAAGUUGUAAUGAUAGUGGCUUGUCUUCAGGGUCGUUUUUCUGUAAUAUCUGAAUCCACAUGUACUUUCUGUAGCUAUAGUUGUGAGACUGUUCAGGAUGUGUCGAUGCCAGGAAAGUUAAAGGAAAUCUAUUUUUUUAUAAAGCCUUGUUUAAAGAAUAGUUUUACCAAACAGUCUUAUUUGUCAUCUGCAUGAUAAUUUAAAGAUUUUGAAUAUUAUGUUGGUAAGAGGGCAAAUUUAAGCCUUUUUCUCCCACAGUUUGACAGAGAUCAGUUUGAAGAGAAGUUUGUUGAUAUGAAAUGGUUUGAAAGUAAGAAAGUUUUUACACUUGGAAACAAUCCAGUGGAGUCAGAGGUAAGUAUGGAGUAUUCUGCUCAAGUGCUCUGCCUAAUGGAAGUAAGUCAUACAUCUCACUUAGCUAUGUUGUGUUAUUCCCUCGUAUGUCUUACAAAGGAAGACGAUUCUUUGCUGACUUUAAACAACAGUUUUGCUGCAUUGGAGUUAAUGCCUGGAGAUACUGUGAAAGCAAAAAAACCAGACAGGAAAAUGAACCCUGAACUUGAAAAGCUGGCAAGAAAAUUUGAUGACGAGUUGAGCGAUGAAGAAGAGGAUGUUUUUGAGACUGAAUUUGCAAUGCAUAAAAGAGACUAUUACAUGGAAAAGAUGGGAUAUGACCAAGUCACCAGGUAAACUCUGUGAUAUUUUACAUUGAAACUUAUUUCAUUUUGUAGACAGGGAUACUGGCAUCCACAUGUAUACUGUGUAGGGGUGUCAAUAAGCACCGAUGACCAAUGCAAUGCUUCAGGUACUUUGCUCAGAGAAGUUGGCUACUUUAUUCCCCCUUAUUGAAGCAGGACAUGAUUAUUGAAUUGAAGAAAUAUUCUGUCAAAACUUAAAUUAGAACAGUCAUAAAACUAAAGGGAAUUAGGCAUUAAUUAAUUAAUUGGCAUUAAUUGACCUUAGUUGCUCACAUUUUGCAUAAAGUGCAAUGUUAACUACUCUUGGUUAUUCUGUUCUUAUUCAUUGAUUUCCAGGAAAUGUAUUAACAUGCAAACUGCCAAUACAUUAGUGUAUUACUGAUCAGUAAAAUUGUAAAAAAAUAAGAUUAUCUUUUGUACUCAAUUUAGUAUCCACAAAGCUGAAAAUCACUUUUUAGGGCUUCGAAAUUUCUAAAUUUUCUGGGGGAACACUCCACUGACCCCCUAGAAAAAGGGAUCUACCCACCUUUUGUUAAUACAGUUGGUUACUCUAUUCAAACCUGCUGGCUACCCCUGUGUGUGUAUCUUCAUCUCAUUUGGAGGGCUAUUUGCAUUAAUAAGGUGAAGCAGUCUGUUAUACACCCUGCUAUAACUGUACCAUGAUUCUUAUUUCAGAGAUGAGCUAGCAGAGCAGACAUUCCAGUAUGUUAAGGGAAUCCAGUGGAUUUUAUUGUACUAUUUCAGUGGAGUACCCUCUUGGAGUUGGUAAUAAUGUUUUUUUAUUAACAUGUAUUGAAAUCGUGUAUUUCACAACCCAUUUUCUGGUUAGCAUAGUUUAUUAUCAUCCUCUAGACAAUUAAUGUACGCAUGAUGCAUUUCGUAGUUACAAACUCGCUAAAUCUACAGCUAUGCAGAAAUAUCUAAAUUUACAUCUAACAUGAAAUUACUACUGGUCAACAAGUUCGGCUAGAAGUGAGAUGUCGACUUACACAAUUUGAAAGAAAAUCAUAGAAGUCCCUUUUAAACAAUGAAAAAUAACUUUAAAAGUACUCUAAAUGUAGGUUUAAUAAGUCAUCAUCUGUCUGAGAUCAAUAUGUUAGUCAACUUACUCUUUGUAUCUUUGAAUUUUAGGUUUUAUCCUUUUCAUUAUGCUCCCUACAUGUCUGACAUAAGGAACUUUGGUGAAAUGUUGAUCCAGUUUGAGUUGUGCACUCCCUUCCUUCCAUUUGAACAGCUUCUUGCUGUAUUACCUGCUGCCAGCCGACAACUCUUGCCAAAACCAUUCCAGGUGCUUUUUCAUUCAUACAAAUGAUUUUAUGUUUUUUUUUUAUACUUGACUUUACAGAGGUAGAAAACAUACUGUGUGUGUACAGUUUAGUUGGUCAAAAGCACUCCACUUCUAUUUCAUAUACAACUGCUUUAGAACAGUUAACUGUGUGUCUCCAUGGUUUAUGCCUGGAACAACAUAUUUUGGCUGGUAGAAUAUUGUAAAGUAAUAACAAGAAAUCAUACUUGAUGAAUGCACAGUCAACAAAUGAAAGAGGAAAGGACAUGCUUACAGAGUGCAAAUUAAUUAUCAUGUGCCUAGAUUUAAAACUUCUUAGUUAGAGCUGGGAAAAUCAUGAUAGGACUAAUGAUAGUUCAGAUAAAAUAACACACGGAAAGCAUUAUAAAGCCUUAUGCAUAUAGAAGCGAUGACAACAGAACGAUAUAGGAAAAGAAACGUACUUACACACAAUUAAGUAAGAUACCCAAGACCGUUACUACAGUAGCAGUACAGUAUGGACUAAUAGUGCAACUCGACCGAUUUUUAGAAGAGAGAGAAGAUUAUAAGACAAAGAUAUUAUGGCAUGUACAAACUGUUGUACGCAAUAGUGGUUAGAAGACAGUUCUUGUACCGUGUGAUCAAACUGGCACGCAAGGUGGUGGUGAGAAGACAGGUUUGAAGCCUGAUGCCUUGCAAAAAAUAGAGAAAGUUGAGUCUUGAGAAAGGGAAAUAUGGAGAAGAAUGGGUUGCAAAUAUUGAUGAAUAACAGUUAGUUUGUUAUCUCUUUCGCAGUGCCCUGCUGUACAGUUUUCACAUUUGACAAACAAUAAUCAGACAUGACCAAAGAAAUUAAAGGAAUUUAACCAGCCAAUAACCUUUGACCAGCGGUUGUCCAUUUACCAUCCCUAUGUGUUUUUAGCCCUGGUUUUGUUUGAGUGUUUGUAAUAACAGGGGUACAGUGCAAAAAGUAAACUGUCUGGUUAUGGUCAAUUUUUUAACAGAACUUGAUGUAGUACCUUGUCAGUCUCUAAUAUCUCAUGAUAGGCCACUUAAAGUUCUGUCUGAACUUACCAUUUGUUGUUCUCACCCUUCGACAACACAACUAAGGGAAGUAACUACUCCAACCAAAUGGUUACGUUAGACUAGUGUUAAAUAUGCAUUACACCGCCAACACUUAGGCUUAACAUGAUUAAUGUCUCAGUACAUUGAAUUUUUUGUCCUGGUUGUCAAUGCAUGGUUGUUAUCUAAGGUUGUGUUAACACCAUGUAUGUGAUGUACUUUUUUCAUUUGUUUUAAAGAAGUCUAAUGCAUUUUUGCAUUUUAACUGUUUUCCCUUAUACAUGUGUGUGUUUUGAUUUGUUCAUUAAUACCUGACGGGGUGGGGGGGGGGUGGGGGGGGGGGGGGGUAUGGUUUAUUUAAGUCAAGCAUAGUUUUGUGUUCACAAUAGUUAUGUGUGACAAAGUGGUAUUACGUUUUUUUUCUUCUCAGCAAAAGCUACUUAAUGCCAUGUCACCUCUGUAUUCAAGAUUAACAGAGGAGGAGUUGAAUCGUAAUAAACAUGGCCCUUGUUUAUUGUACACUUAUGAUUCAACCCUAAACUUCCCUGUAUCAUCAUCACUGCCUGGAAAGUUUCCUGAUCUUUCCUGCUGCCAUGCUAGGUAUGAGUUCUUGUGACAUAAACACAGUGACACACUACGGUUUUGAGUAUUAUUAAUAACUUUGAAGGGGACAGACAGCAAAUUGUUAUCGCUGGAAAUAUCUACAUGUAGUAUUUGUUCAUCAGUAGGAUGCCUUAACUGCCAUUCUACAAUUGGUCUGAGAUCUAUUAAAUUCUAUACCAAUGUUGUAGAACAUUUUAGGAGGAGCCACCCACAAUGCAAGCAGAGUUACUGGAAGGCAUAUAAGUUAUGAAAAAAAGCAAAUUAAGUGCAAUCCAUUAAAUUAUGACUUAAUGCAUACAGGUCUUAUCAAUUAAAUAAGUAAAUAAAGUAAAUGUGCAUUAUUGAAUUGUGCUGUGCGCACACACAAGCUAUAUCAGCUGAAAGGUUGAAAGAACUAAAUGAAAAAAUGAUACUAGGGGGUUAUUCAACAAUAGAGUGCUAGCUUUUUAUGAAAAGUAUGUUAGAUUUAAGACUAUGCAGUAAAGGUAUUGGCUGCUAUGUUGUAAACAUGUUUUCUGUUUGUUAGGUGUGAGGUUCUUGACAAAGACAUCUUUCAUGUGGAUUUAAAGCACAUGUGUAGAGGUGUGUCCAUCUACAAUAAAAUUCUGGGCUAUGUUUGAAAUCAAAUUGCUUUGAUAGGGUUGUAAUUAAACUAGAUGACCCAAGUUACUGCCGUUUUAAACAGAAAUCAGCUGGUUCAAUCUUCAGUGAGAAAGCUGGAUGAUUUGAAGCUGAAUUUAAAUUUAGCUCAUUCCUUUCGUAUUAAGACACCUGUUUAGUCCAUUCCUGACAGGUAGAAGUGUCCAAUACCAUUUACAAUGAGUGCAAUAUAUUAUUAUUUUUUUCUUGCAGGUCUUUGUGAGGGAGUCAAACUUGAUGUGUUUUACCCUGGAUUUCCAACCAUGUACCAUGUGGCUCAUAAGGUACUAAUGCGUUUUCUUUUUUGGAAAAACUUAAACUUGGUUAUUGGUUUAUCAUUAAGAUUAGGUUUACUUUCAGGAUACACUUUCUCAUCAUGAACAAGUUGGGUAUCAUAGUCCUCUUUCAAAUUAGGAGACGCUGACAUCACAAGUUGUUUCAAUGGGUUAAGCCAGCGGUGCCUUGUAACGUGUAUUUACACCAUAAGUAAUGUUCUCUGACGUCACAAGUUGCUUCAAUGGGUUAAGCCAGCAGUGUCUUGUAACUUGUAUUUACACUGUCAUUAAUAAUGUUGUAGUAACUCAUUUGCUGUUUGUGAUUCAGGCAGAGCUCAGGAAGGCAAAUGUAAAGGUAUUUCAGAUGCAUAGCAAAGGCAAAAGUAUGAUUCUUCAGAUCACUCCAUCACAGCAAGAGGUGAGCUGGUUUUGUUUAUUAUACAAUUUUCGGCAAUAGAAUUACUGGGUGUCCUUAGUUUGGCCCUGAGUAUAGUACAGUACUUUUUCAACUGUACAGUUUCUUUGUCUUUGGUUUGUCUUGCUCUUCCUGUCCUCAUGAAAUUUAACGUUUGAAAUGAUCACCUUCUUGUGUUUAAUACUUCGAUAGAAAUAUAAAAUUUUGUUAAUGCUUGUCAUUAGUAUUUAACAAACAUUCUUCAAGGUCUUGAGCAUCAUGUUCCAUCAAUGAAUGUUAUCGUUUGUUGUAUCAGGUUUCAUCAGAAGAAAUAGCGGAGCAUCUGCUCGGUGAAACAUGUUAUGUUGGCUGGCCUCACAUGGUUGAAGCACUGGUCAUGGGUGUUUGUGACGGAACCAAAAGGUGAAAUAUGUCCUUUUGGCCAUUGUAAAUAUUAAUGUCUUUGUUUAUUUGGUUAUCUGUAUGUGUCAACCAGCCAGAAUCACUACCCAGAUCUGGGGCUAUUGGCUGAAGAGAGACAAAGUAUGUUCACAAUUACAGAAUCCAGCUCAAUAUUUUUGUUUAACAGAUACUCUUUACAAAAGAAGACUUCACAAAAUUCCACAAAGGAAAUAAAAGAGGAGGUAUUGACAGAGGUGCAAGUUAAAAGUUUUAGACAUCAAGUCAAGACCAUGGCAGAAACGUAAGUAUUGUGUUGUCAAAAGCCUCCUCCUUUGUACGUAUAUCCUUUGUUUCAAAGAGUCCAGAACGCUGCAGCUAGGCUUGUUACCUUUUCUUCUAUUAAAGUUAAGCCAUGUUACCCUGUACACCAAGAACUUCAGUGGCUGCCAGUGAGAUUUUGUAUUUCUUUUAAUCCUUUGUAAAUCUUUGCUUAGUCAGUCACCCUAGUAUAUAAGUAAUUUGAUUUCAGUAAGGAAUCAAUCUGCCCAUCAGUUGCGAUCAUAUGAUGCAUUACUACUAGAUUUCCCUCUUGGGAAGAUGUUGACAUCUUUCUGAGACAGAGCUUUUUCUGUUGCUGCUCCCACGUUGACGAAUGCAUUACCCACCUUGUUAAGGGUUAGUUUCUGUCAAGUUGUCAAAAUUAAGAAUGAAUUUUGUAUAGAAAAUUUUGAUCGAAAAUUAAGAGUCAUAAAAAUUUAAAAUAAAGAAAUUUUUAAAAUAUUCCAAAAAUCUUAAGUACUACAUAACCGCCUUUGAUUACUGCAUGUUAAAAGGCGCAAUAUAAGUAAUUAAUUAUUAUUAUUAUUAUUUAUUUAUUUAUUUAUUUUUUGUCAGGCACUUGGAGAGAAGAGGAAUAGAGAUUGGAGAAACCAGAGUCAUCGUUGACGCUUGUCCCAUCAGAGGAAAACGGUUAGCAAUAUAUUAUUGAAGUUGCUUUUACUUUUGAGAAGUAAUUUGGUGUACACUAUUCCAUGAACCCUGUAAGUGACUGUUUAGAUGUAUACCUAAAAUUGCCUUUUGUUUUCCUUCUUGUUUUCUUUUGUUAUGUUAUAAAAUACUUUACAGUGUAAAAGGAAAAUUAGCGCUGAUAUCAUGUUAUCGUAGUCAAGUAUCAUCGAUCGUUGCUUUAUUAAAGCCUAUAGUUUUUAAGAACUUCCUUAAGUAAUAGCCAUAACUGAUGAGACAAAAGUCUGAUGACUGUUAUACAGUAAAUUAAAGGUCUUAUUAGGAAAACUGACACAAAUAAAAAUGUACUUAUAAGCCGCAUUGUACAAACAUUUGCAAUAUGUAUCUCCCUUUGAGGCUUGUUCGUUUGCUUGUUUUCAAGAAACGAUUUUCAUUACAUAACCCCGAGGUAUAAAUACACUAUUGAUUUGUUUCUGUGUUUGUAGAUAUGUAUGUGGAGCCAAAGGUCUGGUUACCAUGGAAAAAGAAUGGACACCAAAUCCAAUAUCUUAUCCUCACCAACUGACAGUCAAGGUAAUUCUUUUCCCUUCUUUUGCGGGUACUUCCUCUAUAACUAAAAAAUGUCUGAUAUAUCAUUCUAGUUGCAUCGAAAGAGUAAUGAUUUUAUUUCUCUAUCUUCUUCUACGUAAUCUUUUACAUUGUUAACAAGUGUUCGACUGUCCACACUGCUUACAAAAAGGAAUGUAUUAAAUAAAAAUAACAAUGCAUCAAUGGGUAUAACGGAAGAAGCAAAGUGUAGCUUUUAAGAGUUGUAAUUUCAAGUAAAUGUUAUGAAAGGUUCCAUUUAGUGUCAGCAGUUGACUUGACCCAGAGAAGGUGUUUAUAUUUCUGUUUUCUGAGAAGAUCAAAUUUCAGGCUUCUGUCCUGCUACCCUAACUUUAUUUAGUACAUAGAGUAAGAGACAAAGGUUUUAUACAAUUUUUAUUCCUGAGUGUUUUCUUUCGUGUUCACUUGACUGUUACGGCAAAAAGCCGCAAAUAUGGCAUCAAAAAGAGCAACGUUUCCAACAGAAGAAGCCCGGAUAUUCAUAGGAAGUACAGUUUACAACGCAAACUUAGACUUUUAAACCUGUGGCUGGGCUUUGCAGGAGUUUCGUAUUAUAGAGAAUUUGACAAAUGUGGCCUUUGUUUUUCUUGUUUGUUUUAAAGGAUAUCCAUGUACAUGAGACACACGAGGAUGAUAAAAUUCACACUGUUGAAGAACUCUUUCCUGUUGGAUGUCAGUGCUUCAUGUUAGCUUCACCGUAUUAUGGUGCUUCAGGAGAAGUGAUAGAGGUUGACGUAAAGCAGUCACGUGUCAGAGUGCAACUUAGUGUCCCUGUGGAACCAGACAUAAUGUCUAUCAUUGACCAACAUCAGGUAUUGAAGUUAGCUUAGUUUCCCUGUGGAACCGGACAUAAUGUCUAUCCGUGACCAACAUCAGGUACUGAAGUUAGCUUAGUGUCCCUGUGGAACCGGACUUCAUGUCUAUCACUGACCAACACCAGGUACUGAUGAUAGUUCAGUGUCCGUGUGGAACUGGAAAUGUUACUUAAAUCGCCAGCUUCAGACUAUAUAAUACCAUUGUUAGACGAGUUAGUUGUUCCAUGAAUACGUGGUUUAUACAGUUAUUAAUAUUCUGUAUUGACCGAUGACCUUUUUGUUCUAUCAGGGCUUGUCGUUAAAUUAUCUUCCUGCACACAUUGUCGCCAAGAAGCUUGGUAUCACUCCCAAUUUGUUAUCAAGAGUAACUGGCAGCCUCCUUAUACAACAGGGUUCCAGUAAAGAGUGAGUACACAUGUUACAUAUGUUCAAUGAUACAGUGCAGAACUUACUAGCUGUUCAUAUGUAGCUAUUGCGUCGACGCCGAGGUCUAUUUCUCUUCCGUAAACGGUCUUUGCUAUUUUUGACGGUCGAUGCCACCAUUGGUAACCAAGCCUUUAUUCGUGAUAGAUGUAAUAUAUUCCCUGGACUAAGUUACAAUAAGGAAAUAAUAUGAGAAUAGUCUUACAAAGAACAGCGUUGAAGCCCAAGUUGAAGUUACGUUAAAAUUUAUGGAAAGGGCUAGGGUCACCUGUUAUUGAUGUAUCAGUAACGAAAAACAGUUUGUUAGUUUAUGUACUUACAUUUUUCGAAUUUUUGGCGGGUCGGCAUGCUAUUGUAGUGGUGAGGGAGAGAGAUAAGGGUAUGAAAGGUCCGUGUUCGACCCUGCAUUGCGAUUUUCUUUAUUUUUAAUAGAAACACUCUCAAUAACAGGUCAAGAUUACGAAACGGACAACUGCGACGCCCACACUCGCAUAGCAAUAUGGGUCAUUUCAUAAAACAUUACUUAUCUUACUCAUGAAACAACUCUUCUGUCGUAAAAUCAAAAAGGCAAGCGUUUGUGUCGUUUUAUACCAUUCUUUGUGGCACUGGCAAUCGCGAAGUUACAAAGUCAUGAGUUGACGUUGCAAUCUUGUCGCGUUGGCUUGAGGCCUUAAUAAAGUCUCCUGCAAUAGACUGCGCUCACUUGUACGAACACAAUGUUUAUCUUGCAGUUCAACUAGAAGUGGUGCCAAGCUUGAUAUUGGGUUGAAUAUGAAGUUCAGUAAACAAAACAAAGAAGUAAGAUAUAAUAACUUAUUUUGUUCCAAGAACCGUGUAUGAGGCUCUUUUGGAGUAACAUUCCGACAACGGACUGGCCUGAAAACGGCGGUAUGACAGAUGAAAUGAUGACAAACGAAACAGAGGGGUUGAGACUGCGACUUGGGCUAAACGAACGCAAAUACUAAACAAAAAAAUACUGACAGGGACAUGGGACGCGAAACGAAGUGUUCUCAAAUGAACAUUUGACACAUACCCCGCCCCCCCUCCCAAAAGAGGGCCUUCGUAACUUUGGUUUGAGCAUGUGCCUGUUUUUAUUUAACAAAUGAAUUAAAUUUCUGUUCGCGUAGGUUCUCGGAUACGCAAGAAGGACUGAAGAAGGAGGUUGGACAUUCUCUCCUACUGCACGGAAGACAAUAGCCGACUAUUUAGCAAAGUAAUAGUUUUUGUCGUAUGAAUCCAGAAAAAUAGAUUUAAAUUCAAAUUGUACACUGUUUUUUGUAAUGUAUUACAUUUCAAUAAGUAACGAGCUUUUCAGUGGAGUCGUAAUCUCUUCUUUCUUGCUGAUGCGACGUCUUUUUUCUAGUGUUUGAUUAUUGAUUUCUUCUCAUCAAACCUUCACGAGAAUUUCUAGUUACAGGACGAUUUGUAUCACUUUUAUUUGUAUACAUUUACAUAGAAAGAGUAUUUUUCUCGUUAUGUUGCAGGUUUCCACAACUGUUUGAGUCUCUAGCUAAGAUGUCCUCAAAUGAUCAAUACUUCGCAAACGAUUUGGUUGCAGGUGAAAAUGGGUGAGUUUCUUUGAACCCUUGACUUUAUGAUAAGAUGACAUUUUAUUUUUAGUUCAUGUUGCCUUAGCCUUUGGUAAAACAGAUAUAAUGUUGUCAAUGCUCUUAAAUGAGAGUCUCCAGAUGACAUUUCAUGUAAAACAUUGCCUCCUCCUCCUGCUCAUUUGGUGAUGUAAUUAUGAGAAUUCAGUCAAGUAACUUAGUGAAAUUACCGAUUUGUUUGUCUAGGUCCUUAUCGGAGGUCCAGGACUGGUUAAAGACGGUACCUACGCUGAGUCUAGAACCAGUUAAAUGUGGAAACAGCAGCUUAGAUGAGCCAGUUGUGGAAGCUAUAGAGCAGGCCAUUCAGAAAACCAAGGUCAAUAUUAACCCUAACAUUUUGAUACUUUAUCUCGUUUUUGUUUUGCGAAGGCAACUAAUGCCGCCUUACUGAUUACGUUGAUUAAUUUGCAGGGAUAUGUUAUAUCCCUUCUUCCCUCCCGUCUUUGUUCUGUUACUCUAAUUUUAUUGCUUUCUGUAAAUGUUUGUUUGUGUGUGUGUGUAUAAUUUUCAGGAACUGAACCAGAAACCAAAAAGCGUCAAGGUUCGUGUGAGGCCACACCUCUUAUUUAGGGUGAGUAUGUUUCCCAUUUCGAUAUUUUAAGCAGUUUUCUUGGAAACCAAAAAAAUACCAGUUGACCUGAUGAUUGUUAUAUAUUACAGCCUUCAGAGCAUUUAGGAGACAUCCUCCCUGACAGUGAUGCAUCUUUCGAGUUAUUUGACCGAGUUGUUAACGUUAAGAUGAAUGCAGCUGUUCCGUUUGGAUUGAGAGGAACUGUCACAGGCAUCCAUCGAGGUAAGUUAUAAUGAUUUAAUUUUCAGUUACUAAAAAAACCCUUAUUUCUUAUCUUCUACUGUUUGCAUUGAUAGGUGAUGAAUCAUCAGACGUGAUGUAUGAAGUUGUGUUUGAUGACUCGUUCCUGGGUGGACAGCCCCUGAGGUAUUGUAUUUUGCAGUGUUUAAAAUAACAAGUGCUCAAGAACUCAACCAAGAAACUCUCCGUUGUUGUCGGGAAAAUAAUUAAUUUCGACAUGAAAUAGUGUUACUUGAAACCUUAAUGUCAAAUAAAAAGCUACUACAAGGAUGAAACAAUGUUAAAUAACCAGAGUAAUAUAACGUAAGACCAGUGUUGGUUUAUUCAGCAUAUUCUGUCUGUACAGGGUACAUUAUAGUUUGACCAACACUGGUACAUGGUACAGUGUGGGUUGAACAGUAUUGGUACAUGCUAUUAACUGGGUGACUAGUAUUGGUACAUUGUAUAGAUGGAUUGACCAUUCUUGGUAUGGGUUAGUGGGUACAGUGUGGGUUGACAAGGAUUGGUACAUAGUAAAGAAAGGAUUAACCGUUAUUGUUUUCCUCAGGUGUUCGUCGAAUAAAGUAUACCUUAUGUCAGCGUCAUCACUUAUUAACAUCAGCUAUGGUGAUCGCUGUGAAGCUCAAAAAGUCGAAGAGAAGUCAACAGGGAAAAGUCACCAAGCUGGACGCAGUGGAAGUACACCACCCACCAGAGCACCCUUUAGUCCAAGUCUGGGUGCAUCACCCGAGCUCAGUGGCAAAAAUAACAACAGACACAACUCAUCGGAAGUCAGGUUAAAUUCCUCAGGUGCGUCUGCUCGCUUCAAUUCGGGAUUUUUUUAGAAAAAACCUUUUCACCACUUUGCAUUUAUACCAUUACCGGCUAUAACCCGUCGUCUCUUUGUGCCAUGUUUUGUUUCCUUCAGGCGCCCCGCCGCCGGGUUUUGGCCGUGGUAUGUCUCCAAACAGUCCAUAUGGUGGUGGCUUUGGUUUGUCCAAUGGCAUGAAUACUCUUGCUAGUCCUUCUCAAGCUAAUACUCGAACAAACACACCUCACAGCAAAACUAAACAACGAACACCAGUAAUUCAUGCUCGAGGAUCCCCCCAAGCGCAGAUUAGUAACAACCGAUCAACACAAAAGUGAGUCAGUUAUUUUCAUUUACGGUGUUUAGACCGUAAGCAGGAAUUUCUUAUCCUUUAUUCACUGCAAGAUUAAAAGAGUCUUGUCACUUGGCCAGUUAGUUAUUCAGUGAUUGUUACUAGUGUUUCUGUUAAUUCCGCGGUAAACAAGGAAACUGAUUACUUAUUGCAAUUUGUCAAUUAUUGUGUGGUGUCUCUAUUUGUUAACAGGAUUGAUGAGCGGAUAUCCACGCCUCCAAGGUUUCAAAAGGUAAGAUGAUAAUAGGAACCUUAAGCAACGACGACGACGACGGCACUGAGAACGUCGCUAAAAAAUGAAUUUGCGUUCUUUCAAACUCAAUCGCGUCUAUUUGGACCCGCUCAAUAUGUCAAAUACAGGCGACUUUUCCCGGAAUUGAAUUCUUAAGGAUUUUACUCAGGUUCAAAAAGAGGAAGGAAAAUUCGUCGUCGUAUGUCCACGUCCUCCAUAAAACGUCAAAUUACGAGGUUUCACGUCGUAGUCGUGCAAUGGACGUCAAAGAAAUGUACUAAAAAGCGUAAUGCACGUGCAGAGCUUUUGUUUUGAUCAUUAAACCUGUAUUGUUUGUUGAAGUUGUCGUCGUUGUCGUAGUAGUAGUUGCUUAAGCUCCCUAAUAAAUAAUUAUGAACGGUCAUGAACUCACUGAUACUAAAUGUAGUUCAAUGAAAGUUGACUCAGGGUUUAUUUUAUUUUAUUUUAUUUCACUCUGUCAGGUGUCAAAACCUACGAAUGGUCCAAGUGAAUUCGCCGAUAUGUGGAAAGAAUUAAAACUCAAAGAAAACUCUCCCAUUGACAGUGGUGCUGACUCAGAAGGCGUGCAUUCUCCUGGAGAAAAUACAGCUGAGAAAACAGGCGAAACACUUAUCAAGGUCUGUCAAUCAAUCAUGCUAUCCCAAAACGUAUAGAUGUUUGUCAAGGGAUACGAUUUUCGUACAUUCGGAUUCAUAAACACGAAAGUAUUAUUCAAAAUGAGGUCGCCCGGGAACGAGACUACAACUUUGAGCAUGUGCUGUGACGUCAGCAUUCACAGAAAUGGAUAUUUUGGCGAAUUUGAGCCCAGUUGAAACGGAUACAGUUACCUGUUUACAAAUUUUGGCUAUGUUGGCCUAAAUAUAUAAUUCUAUUUUUUUUAAAAAUCCAUUCACGGACGUAAAUGUAUACCUGUGGACGUAGCGUUAGUUUCUUUUUGUUACUUUCGGGCCAGGUUUUAUUUGCUGUCCGUCUUGUUUAAAACUGAAUAAAGUACAUAGUCUCCUGAGAUCAGGUGUUUGGAAAUAACUCAUCGUUAACUCAUUUCAGGACGGGACGCAAGCUCUCCGUGAAUUGCUCCAGAUUGGUGCAAAGCCAGUUGUUACUGAAACAGAAAAACAGAAAGAAAAGGAACAAGUUAAAUCUACUGAACCAUCAGUUCAUAGCAGCAGCGGCGGCGGAAGCGGAGCCAGGCAUCUGUCAGUUGAUGAACUUUUUCGCAGUCAAAGUGAGUUUAAAUCUUGGUUAUCAAAGCUCAAAACAAGUGUGUUAUGUUUUGAAUUAUCUUUUUAAUGGAGUGGUUUGUAUCGUGUUUAAGGCUCUGCACAAGCAGUUUCUCCUCAAGCUGUCGCAUUAUCGCCCGUACCUUACCAAGUUGGGUAAGUCAGAUUGAUCGUGAUUAGAACUUAUAUUUCCACUGCUUGUUAAGGAUUUUAGAGGUUUGUUAAGCUAAAGGAAUACACUCUUUUGAUCACAGAUUGUUUUUUUGUCCGUCCCGGCGGCCUUUGAUGGAUGGUUAGUUUGGUGGCGACGCUCCAUGUAGACUCCUGGCGACUUCUUUAGUUGCUUUUCAGUAGCCUAUAAUAUGUCAUGUAACUUUUAACCAAUCUGCCCCUCACCGGUAGAUGGGAGGGCUGAUACAAGGGUUUAAGCGAGGGAAGGUUAGCAGUACUAGCUAGUUUGGUCGUGGCACAUAAUCCAGAUAACGCGCGGGUCGCUUUUGUCGUACUAAUCUGAAAUACCUUCGCCCAACAUGUAGCCUCCAAGUUCUUCGUUUCUUGUGGCUCUCCAAGGUUCACCAGAAGAGAACUUUUCAUUUUUGUUCAUGUUCUCUUUAUUGUAGGACCUUGCCGUCUGUAGCCUUGCUGAACUGGUGCCGAUCUGUUGGUUUACCCCCACCCUACUACCAUGGUACACCAGUACCAUCUCAGGUGGGUUAUCAUGCGCAUGCGUGACCAAUUUUACAUUCUUCACGACUGCUGUAAAUCAAUGGAACUAUUCUGGACUAAAUUGAUUUUACUCUCUUCUAUCGUGAAGCUUAACUGAACAACUUUAGAUUUGCUCCCUUCGUUUUUUCUAGGGCGUGAUAGCAACAGUAGAGUUGGCCAAUGGAUUUAAGUUUCAUGGGAGUUUGUGUCGGGAUCAAAAUGAGGCUGUAGAAAGUGCAGCAUCUAUAGCGCUCUUUCAACUGGUAAGAAAGAAUUUGCUGUCAGUAAUAUUUCCUGCCGAUAAAAUAAUUACUGGACUGUUUGGCAUGAAGAUGAAGUUUGUGUAGCAGACUUUGCAGCAUAAUUUAGAAUAUCCUGAUUUCUCGAACCAAGAAUGAACUCGUGAUAUGAAUAAAUACAUUAGCUGACUGUAAAGAGAGAUAAAAAGCUAACAUUGAUUCCAUUUCAGCCUCGCAUCAUGCCUAACGUACCCAGUCCUCAACACUUAGCUAUGCAACAGCGUCCACAGCACUUUGCACCAGGCUUCUUUCCGGUUUCUCCGCCUGCUUUUGGGGGCUUUGUACCUAGCCCGUCUCUAAGGCAACACACUAUGCACCAACAGUCACCCCCAUCUCGACCCAGCGCAGGUGGCCCAAGAGCAGUUGGUGCGUCAGGGAAAGAUACCGCGAAUCAAAUGCUAAGUGCGUCAGCGGUUCCUUUUAUUCCUCUUCAGGUUUGUUGAAUUUAAAAAUUCUCUUAAAACAAAAUGAUGCACUCCAUUGAUGAACAUUAAGGCACUCUAAUAUUCCUGUAUGUAAAUGUGGGUAUGUUGAUCGUAGUUAUAGGUUCAACCUUGUGGUUGCACAGUUUACACACGGUAACAACUUUAUUUGCUUAAAAGCAAGAGGGCUAAAAUAACUGCGAAGAACUCAGUCGUAAUACGGGGCUUACUCCGCACUAAGCUGGGAUUCCCAGGCCCGGGCCUGUGAGCUAUAUAUGAACUAAUCUAGCCAACCAGAGAUCAGGUUAAGUGUGAUCUCAUGACGUAAGCGAUCAUGGAAAUGAAGUGAGUCAGAUCUAUGAAAUAUAUCUUAAAUUUAAACUGCGCAUGAAACAGCUGAAUGUGGAUGUCAUCCUCGCAGUUAAAUGAUAAACCUAAACAGUUGAAAAGACAGAAAACUUGAUAAAAAGUAGGCUCUACCAAGGUGAAUUUGUAAACGAGUGGUGGUUAUUUCCGUGGUGUAUUUGGUUAUUAUAGCACACAAUAUAACCUUUGUAAACACCCGCCAUAUUUAAAGGAAUAACCCUAACCCACCCCACCCUAAUAAACUACAAAACAGUUCGAUGACCUCCUGAUAUGAAUGUUUGUUGCAGGUUACCAAGAGAAGUCACCAGUCCUCCCCGGCAAAACCGCAAAAGAGUGCGAAUAUACCACAGCAACAUUCGGUCAGCGGUAACUCUGAGCAAGACAGCAAUCUGGGUGAACGUCAAGAUGAUGUGGAUACAAAAGGCUCAGCUACACAAAGCCGAGUACCUGAGAACCACAGCCCACAGCACCCCUGCACUGUACCGGAAAACAGUUUAUGUUCUCAGAGUGCGGACAAUUCUUCACCGUUACAGAAAACAGAAAGAACUAACGCUGCAUUCAGAAAAACUACUAACGCUUCCAAAAGACUUUUAGCUCCAAGCUUCUUUUCCAAGAAAAGCUGACAUCCGUAGUGUUAAAUAAUUUCAGUUUCAUUAUGUAUUUUUACUCUUUCAAUUAACUGUGUUAUUCCGCGAUAAAAAGUGAAUUUUGGGUCAUGUACAGGAAAAACAAGCUGGCGAAGUUUUUUGGCUUCAAAACAAAGCACGAACGAAGCGAUUAAGGUUCAUGUGCCCAUAUUUGAUACCGCUAUAUCGUGCGGUUAAGUUGCUGUCGUUACAAUGAACUUCGUACUUUUGUUCUUAGCACGGAUGUAGUAACGGGGAUUAUUUUUAUUUACUGGGCUGCCUGUGGCAGACCAGUCUAGUUAUAAAUGCUAAAUAAGGCUGUGACACGCUUUGCCAAAGUUUUUAAUGACGUAAGCAUGUAAACCUCUUAUCAGACUACUCGUACAAAUGUAAGAACAAAUACAAAAGCGGUCUUUUCAUGUGUUUGCGCUUAUGGUCUUCUGAAAAAAGAUUCGGCUUUAUCUCACUUAUCUUUUACAUUUGUUUUAUGUGUUGGCUUUCUUUGUGGCGGUGUGGGGGAGUGGAGUGGGGUGGUGUGGUAGCGGAUUGCAUAUCUCAAGUCAAGCAAAACAUCAUUACUUUUUACAGUUUAAUAGUCCU